AUGGCCUUUCAACAGCCAGUUACAACGCAACCCCAGUUUUCAGCUUACCCACAGCGAGGAGAGUGGGAGACUGGGCUGAUGGACUGCUGCAAUGACUGCGGCGUGUGUCUUUGUGGAUCCUUCUGCUUCAUCUGCCUGGGGUGCCAAGUGGCUGCAGACAUGAACGAGUGCUGCCUGUGUGGGACCAGCGUGGCCAUGAGGACCCUGUACCGCACCAAAUACAACAUCCCAGGCUCCAUUCUGAAUGAUGCUGUCACCACUAUGUGCUGCCCCUGGUGCUCACUCUGCCAGCUGAAGAGAGACAUCAACAUUAGGAAGAGCCAGAACAGAUUCUGGUAA